CCACACCCUGACCAUUAUUUCUGAAUCUCUUUCCUGGCCCUUGAAAUGGCCUCUCACCGUCUGCACAUUGAACAAGGGUGGCCCUCUACACCGAGAGCAGAACCAGAGCGACUCGAUGGCGGGUUGGGACCAUCGUCAGUCCCCAAGAAUCUGCAGGUGUAUAGGGAUGAGCGCACGCCCUUCAUCCAGUCCGCUGGGUGUUCCAACCAAUCUCAACCUCCCAGCUAUAGUGCAACGGGACCCCCCGAUGGUUCUGGUUGGAGAGGAACCACCGCAGUUACUACCCAACCAAACAAGACUGGGAUCGGUUUCCUUGCCCUAGCAUUCCUGCUUAUGUUCAUCUCCUGGGCGUCGACGGGGUACCUGCGUUCACAUGACAUCCUCGACCCGGUCGUGCGCGAUAAAAUCCGGGCGGACUGGAAGAGGGAGUACGAGCGCCACCAGGCCCAGGUUUCCAAGAUGCAAGAGAUCGAGACCAGGUGGGCUUCCGAGGUGGCUGAGCAUUCGGCCGCUCGUCGUUCCAUGGUCCGCGAGCGAGCGACUUGGGAAGCUGAAAGGAAGGAGUGGAGGGAGGAGUGCGCUGAACGUGAGAGGAUUAGAAGGGCUGAAAGGGAAUUUGAAUUGGAGCGCCAAAGGCGGGAAGAGGGAAAGCGAAGGGAAGAAGAGGAAGAUGCGAAGCGACGGAGUGGGGUGCAAUGGGCUGAUGUCACGCCAGAUAAACACUGCCUGCGAUGGGGAACGAGGAUGUGGACUUCGAGCAGGUUGGAGAAUUUGCCGUACGGAUACGAUCCCAUCAAGGCAUGCAGCACGACCAAGGCACUCAUCCAUGGCAAGUGGGUUUUACCUGAUACUUGUCAGAGCAAGGCGGGAUGGGGAGGUGUCGUUGGAACCUGGUACAUCGACUUCGACGAAGCGGGAUGCUACAGCUUCUGGAACGAGUUCAAGGACAAGGGUUGUACCGCUCAAGGAUCGGGUAAACGUAUGAUCGAAUCAAGAUUGGAGAACAUCCGACCAGGCGACGACGCGAUGGUGAUGUGUUCCUCAACGCCAGCACGAUUCAAUGGGUUGGAAUUCGACGGGCCUCAUUCGUGCAAUUAUAGGGGAAGACACGGAUACUGGGGGAUCUGGUUCAUCGAUGACGGGAGCUGCUAA